CUGCAGUUGGCUAAUCACAGAGUUCCACACAACUUGCUGCAUAAUAUAAUGAAUGUUACUAAGGAGUUCUUUGAGCUACCUUGUGAAGACAAAGCAAACAUCUAUUCUGAAGAUGCCAAGAAAAAUCGUAGAUUAUACACUAGCAUUGACUACAUGAGAGAGAAGGUACAUUUCUGGAGAGACACUUGGUUAAACUAGGUUCAAAUCCAGGGCCCUUUCCAUAACUUGGUUAAACAAGCUUCAAAUCUACAUAGAUGUUUGACAAAAUGUCUGAGAAGCUCAUCUCAAACAGAAGUGACUUGCAAUUUGUACCUGAAUCCUACAUAUUACCCCCAGGAACUAGACCAGGCAAUACACAGGUCUCUGUAAUGGAGGUCAUUCCAGUCAUUGAUUUUCAGCUACUUGGUACCAACAGACCUCAGCUGAUCAAGCAAAUCAUAGAGGCUUCCCAAGAAUUUGGCUUCUUCCAGUUGAUCAAUCACGGGGUUGAAGACAAUUUGCUGCAUAAGGUAUUGGACGUGGCCAACGAGUUCUUUGAGCAGCCUUAUGAAGACAAGGCAAGCAUGUAUUCUGAAGAUGUUGAGCAAAGUUGUAGACUAUACACCAGCAUUGAUUAUAACAAAGAGAAGGUGCAUUUUUGGAGAGACAAUUUGAGACACCCUUGUCAUCCCUUAGAGCAACACAUCCAUUUCUGGCCUCAGAAACCGCCUCAAUAUCGGGAGGUGGUUGGAAGUUAUUCAGUGGAGGCAAGGAAGCUGAGUAUAUUGCUUUUGGAUCUUAUUGGAGAAGGGUUGGGACUUGAAUCUGGAUUUUUCGGAGAUGAACUUACCGAAGUCCAAGUGAUGGGCAUAAACUAUUACCCACCUUGUCCAGACCCGAGCUUAACCUUAGGGUUACCAAAACAUAGUGAUGUUAACCUCAUCACUCUUCUUCUCCAAGGAGAGGAAGUUCAUGGUCUUCAGGUUUUGAAAGAUGGGCAAUGGUUGGCUGUUGAGCCUGUCCCUAAUGCCUUUGUGGUUAAUAUAGGCCACACUUUACAGAUCAUCAGUAAUGGGAAGCUAGGCAGCGCCGAGCACAGAGUCAUGACAAAUGAAAAGGUUUCCCGUACGACAGUGGGUAGCUUCAUCCAUCCUUCCAGCAAUUACCUUGUUGAGCCUGCAAAAGCUCUACUAGAUAGGGACUGCAGUAGCUCUCCACUCUUUAGAGCUUUCGUGUACAAGGACUUUGUUAGCACCUACGUAACAAACACUCAUGAGGGAGUACCACCCCUUGAGCCUCACAAGAUCCAGCCACGAAGUAUAUAGGUUUGUUAUGGUUACCAGUACAUCAAGCUAGAACUGAAAAUGGGGUUCCUCUAAAGUGUGUUUCGUCAAUAAUACUCUUAUGGAUGCAUAUGUUACACAAUUGAAUGGUUUUACUCAACUGUUUCACAUUCCA